AUGUUGGCCAGUGCGAGCUCGCGGGUAUGGCUCUGCGUGUGGGCUGUGACCUGCUCAGCUCUCAUCGCCUCGCACUCCUUCGCAUCCGCGUCCAAGCUUGGUAGGCGCGAUCUAACCGAGCUGUCAUCCUCUGCAGUUGCUGCACUCGUGUCGUCUCCGGAUCCCGUCCGCAAUGUCGACCCCGCGAACCCCUCCUCCCACUUGUCCAGGAUCCUCAUCCCGCGCCCCCCAGACACGGAGAACAACACUCUCGUCAAGGACUACCUCGUCUCCACGCUGAAGAACCUCAACUGGCAUGUGGAAGAAGACACGUUCACCGACACGACCCCGUACGGAGAGAAGCGCUUCACGAAUGUCAUAGCUACCAAGGACCCGUCCGCGUCCCGGAGGGUGGUUGUCGCAGCGCAUUUCGACAGCAAAUUCUUCCCAACGUAUCCCCAGAGCCAAUUUGUAGGCGCGACCGAUUCCGCGGCACCAUGUGCGUUCAUGCUGGACCUAGCAGAAGCCUUGGACCCGCUACUCAACUUGCGACAACAACGUCUCGAAGACGGGCUGGAGGACGAUGAGGACGUAGCCGAGACGACUCUGCAGCUUGUCUUCUUUGACGGCGAAGAGGCAUUUAAGGAUUGGACUCAUACAGACUCCAUCUAUGGCGCAAGACACCUGGCGAACAAGUGGUCGAAUACCUAUAUCGAGCCCUACGCCAAGCGGAGGCUCCUACCAUCCAUGUAUACAGAGCUCGACACCAUAGAGGACUUCAUCCUCCUCGACCUACUCGGUGCGGCCAAUCCGUCGAUUCGUUCGUCCUUCACCGAGACCGCAUGGCUGUUUGAUGCGAUGGCGUCUGCUGAGCGCCGCCUAGGCGAGAGCGGUGCAUUCGACUACGGUGGGCAGGCCGACGCCCAGUGGAAGAGCUUCUUCGUCCCGCGGAGGGGCAACUUCAAUGGGUACGGCAUUGAGGACGAUCACUUACCGUUCCUGCAUCUCGGUGUCAGCAUUCUACACGUCAUUGCGAGUCCGUUCCCGAGCGUAUGGCAUACCAUCAAGGACGACGCGACGGCGUUGGAUAUCCCGACAAUGAGACGUUGGAACAUCGUUCUGCGUGUCCUCAUGUCUGAAUACCUUGGAUUGCGGCCCGACCUAUUGCGGAGUCGGGAUGAGACUAUAGCUCACUUAGGUCGCUCGGUGGACGACUUGGUGAGGAACACUCCGGCAUUGCAUAUAGCUCUCUUCUGA